AUGUCCAACCUCAACCAAGACCAAAUAAAAGUCCUCGAGCAAUCGCGCCAGCGAUUAGUCCAGCUGACCCGCUCACUGGGCUCUCUAAUCUCAAGCCUCAAUUCAAGCGAUCCCCUCCCACCAUGGUCCUCCCUUCAAUCCCAAGCAAGCAUCAUCUCCAACAACCUCCUCAGCGUCUCAGAACAGCUCUCCGACCACCGUGAACUCCUCUCAACACUAGUCGCCUACCCAGGCCCCGAAUACCCAGGCCGCACGCAAGCAAGCACCCUCGAACAACUCCUCCGCACAAAACUCGAUCCUCGCGUCGAAGACUGGGUAGCGCGCGGUCGCACGGCAGGGACAGAGACGCCGGCGUCUGGAACGCUUAGUGACGCGCAGCUCGCUCAGUUGUGGGAGUGGGCGCCGCUGGAAGCGAAUCAGGAAGCGAGACGGAGGAACUGGGGAGGGAAUUUCACGCUUGAGGAGCGCGAGAAGGGGAUUGAGAAUGUCGUUACGGGUUUGAAGAGACAGUUGGAGGAUGAUGAGGGGUCUGAGGAGGAGAGCGAGGAGGAUGAAGAGGAAAUGGAUGUUGUUGGUGUUCAUCGCAAGCCUGGGGCUGCGGGAUUGGAGUUCGAGAUUGCGCCUCAUCAUCCUCAUGCUGUGCAGCCGUUUGUGCCGCUGGAUCUGAUCCUGCGCCAUAUGACUACUGGGCGUAUGCCGUAG